AUCGGAAAUAUUCGUAUCGAAAAUUCGAUAUUUCGAUUUCAAAAACUUUCCAAGAAUAUCGUAUGAGGAGGACAAAUGCAUGCAUCGGAAGAUGUAUAGCUUACAACAUAGCUGGACGGAUAUUGGGAAUUUCGAUGGUGAGUAGAAUUAUUGUUCAAUAAUGCAAAUCAGGCGCAGAUGCUUCACGUGCUAAUUAGGUCCACGGGGGGACGGAGAAUCUCCAUUGACUUCGAAGUAACAAAUCCCCUUGAUGGUCGGCUGAAUCCUCCUAAUGGUCAUGCCGCUGGCCAUUGUUAAUAAUCAAUCAGAAAUAACGUUGUUCCGUUAAUUAUUAAUCGAUUCUAAAUCAUUAAAUUUAAAUUUAAACAUAUUACAAUUAAAUAUAUCAAUUUUUUUUAAAAUAAUCAUACUUUUUGCAAAUCCUUCUUGCAAGAGAAUGCCUAUACUAUAGAACUAUAGAACAGUCAAAUAAUCAGCUAUACAAAGAGGAAGUUUCGUGCACGUAAUAUAAUCAAAUUUCUCUUUACUUAAUAAUUGAUUAAAUACACUUACAACACAUCUUCGUCCAUUAAUCUGGAAUCUUAAUAAAAAAGAAAAACCAAAGAAUAACCGCUUCGCGCAUUCACAAUUCUCCUCCCCCUCAAGAGGAUAAUCUAAUUGCACACAAUUCUCGUGUAAUCGCAAAAAGAUAUAAUUCUCCCCACAAAGGUAAUUAUAUACACUUUCUAUCAUCGAUUUUCACCUUCAACAAAGAACGCCUCCUCCAAGAGUAACAUCGUUAUUUAUAGAAUAACCUAUGCGAUCGUACACCAUUUCCAAUUACCACCGAUUCUCACCUCGACGAAAUAAAAAAUUCACAAGAAUAAUAACUAUUCAUAAAGUAAUCUAAUACGAAUAUUUCGUUACAAAUUAUCAACGAAGAGAUUCGCUCGAGCCUCAUUCAUUCGAUUCCACUACUCGAAGGGUGGGUUGGACGCCUCCACAACCUCUUGCUCGCGUCGUUUCCAUUCCUCCUCCUCCGUAAAUCUCUUCGUCAUCGGGUUCGCGACGGGGGAUACAAAAAUAUCGUGAAUCCUCGCCGUCACGCGAAGACGACGGAGUCGUAGAAGGGGAAGAGUUGGUCGAGAGGAAGAGAGAUAGGGAGAGAGAGAAAGAGAGGGAGAGAAACGACGACACCGACGUCGGUGUCAGUGGAGUAGGUUGUGGAGGCGGAAGAGGCGGAGGCGGACGGAGCGAGGAGACCGAGAGCGAGACAGAGGAUUACCAGAGUGAACCAGUCGCCCUUUCGUUUCUCCAUCGUUCAAACAGCGCUCCAGACAAACUUCGACGUGCAUAGACAAUGCCUGAAGAACGUUGAUCUUCCUCCUCCUCGCAAACCCUCUUUCACCCUAAUCUCGUGCCCUUUAACCAAGUGUCUCUCGUUUCCUCCGCUUCAUGGUUCCGAGUGCCAAGUGACAACCAAGUUGUUGAAUCACAAGUUCUUUUCAACCACCAGAUUCUUCUCCCAGAAGAAGGAAGAAGGGAGCUUGAUUCGGGACAGGAUUUUAGUUUGAUUCGAGGAAACGGUGUAGUGUUAUUUCGUUUAACCACGAUUGUUAUCCGCGUUGAUAAGUAAGUCUUGUUUAAAUCUUUCGAGAUUUUUUGCAAUUGAAACAAGAAUAUUUAUUGUAUCCUUUCAAUCGAUUACACAGCUAGGCCACUACGAUUGAUUCAAACAAUUCGAGUUAUUAUUUUAUUUAAUAGAACUACGAUCACUUAAUCCGUUGGAUCCAUUAGAAUCUCAAAAGGGUUGAUUCUCGAGUAAGGAAAGAAUUAUUUACGAAUACUUUGAACUGUUCGAGUUCGGCAUUCCGCGGUUUUCAAGCAACGAAACAUUGUGUUUGUUCUCGGAGAAAAAUAAUCGUGAAAAUUGUUGGAAACGGACAGUUUGGAGGGGAACGAUCGUCGAACCGGAAGAGGAAGGUGCGCGGUGGUGAUUGGUCAACAGACUGUCAAAGAUUCGAAUUCCGGAACGUUUCUUCGGCUUCUUCGGCGUUCUCCAGUUCCUCCCUUCCUCCGUGUUCGGUGCUAUUAUUGCUGUGCCGCCUAAAUAUAGGUGAGAGCGUACGCUUGACGCAAAUCGAAAACAGAACUUGUAAACUGUCUCGGUGGAAGCAUCGACGCGAUGAAGGAGCCGAUGCAGUGGAUAUUGGUCUACUUCUGGACACUUGGCUUGACAAAGGCGUAUCAUUUUCAAAACGAAAUCGUCGAGCCACUUUUGAAUUAUAACGGAGCAAAAAGAUCCCAUUGUCCAGCAAUUGCACAUAAACAACCAGCUAAUAGACAAGAUACAUCAUUAAGAUUGAGACAAUUAAGAUCGGAAAUGACUCGGGUCGCUUCCAUUCAAGGACCACCUCUUGAUGGAUAUAUAGUUACUUCCGAUGACGCACAUCAGACAAUGAACUUGGUUUAUCAUGGCCGCGAGGGCCCUUUGGAGAGUGAUUCUCUAGAUCCUCGUGAUAUGAGAAGAGAAUUCAUCACUGGGUUUUACGGAAGUGCUGGAGAAGCUGUCAUUACUUUGAACAAGGCUGUGUUUUGGACCGAUGGAAGAUAUUAUAUUCAGGCGGAUCAUCAACUUGAUUGCAAUUGGAUACUCAUGAAACGUGGUAGAGAAGAUGUUCCUUCUAUAACUGAAUGGUUGAUACAUGAAUUUCACAAUCAAGCUCUUGUACGUAUUGGCGCCGAUCCAACACUCGUAUCUGCCAUUGAUUGGGAAAUUUGGGAAGAUGAAUUAGCAAAUUCGUCCAUAAGAUUGGUUCCUGUCCGUAACAACCUGGUGGACUUGAUCUGGCAGGUCAAUCGACCGAAUUACAAUCCACAUCCGGCGUAUCCAUUACCGGACAAAUAUUCCGGAAGAGCAUGGCAGGACAAGAUUCAGUCGAUUCGAAUCGAAAUGGAGGUAUCUAAGGCCAACGCUUUGGUCCUCACGGCACUCGAUGAGAUAGCCUGGCUGUUCAAUGUUCGCGGAUACGAUUUGCCACACACUCCUGUUCUCAGAGCGUAUGCCAUAAUUACUGGUGAAUCGAUACAUCUGUACACACCGCGACACAAAAUUUUACGAUCGGUGGAGGAGCACUUGAAAAUGGAUUUUUGCUCGCAUGCAAAUUGCGUGAAAUGGCAUAAUUACACUUCUAUUUGGUACGAUUUACGGACAAUGUCUCAAGCUUGGAAUUCAGUAUGGUUGCCAACGAGAUGUGGUUACAGUCCAGGUGCUUCUAUGGAGAUAUUCAAUUCCAUUCCUCCGGAGAAACGGUUACCAAAACCAUCGCCGGUGUUAAGCUUGCGAGCUCAAAAGAAUGAAAUCGAGGCGGAAGGAAUGAGAAGAUCCCAUUUAAGGGAUGCUGUAGCAAUGUGCGAUUUCCUCGCAUACAUGGAAUGGCAAUACGAGUUGAAUUCAGAUGGUUGGGAUGAGAUGCAGGUAGCCAGAUUGGCGAACGAGUUUCGUUAUGAACAGGAGAAGAAUAAAGGUAUCUCCUUCCCUACCAUCGCUGGAUACGGACCCCAUGCUGCCAUUCCCCAUUACGAGCCAAACAAUUUGACAAAUAUUAAAAUUGGAAGAACGUCCACCUUGGUAGUGGAUUCAGGAGGACAAUAUUUAGACGGAACCACCGAUGUGACGAGGACGCUUCAUUUUGGUACACCAACAGAAGAACAAAAAAAAGCGUAUACAAGAGUGUUAAUCGGCGCAAUACAAUUGUCCUCUUUAAUAUUUCCAAGCAAUUUAAAAUCCAAUCAAUUGGACAUCGUAGCAAGAGAACCAUUAUGGAACAUCGGUUACGACUAUUUGCACGGAACUGGCCAUGGGAUCGGUCACUUUCUGUCUGUCCACGAAUCACCUAUUGGUAUAUCAUAUGCACAUGUUACAACAUCAGAUAAAGUUUGCGGACCUAUUGAAUUAAAACCAGGAUUUUUUUUAUCGAAUGAACCUGGUUAUUACAAACAAGGCGAUUUUGGUAUACGUUUGGAGAAUGUGCUUGAAACAGUGGUGGCAGGCAAAAAAGGCUCAGAAAUAUUCUUAAAAUUCAGAGAUAUAACGUUAGUUCCAUAUGAACCAAAAUUGAUCGAUAAUAAUAUGUUAAAUCCGUCUCAUAUACGAUGGCUGAAUAAUUAUAAUCGUCGAAUUAGAGAUGAAAUAGGUGCAGAAUUAAAAAAAAGAUUAAGAAUGGAUGCUUUCGAUUGGAUGAUGAAAAAAACUGCAACCAUUCCAGAAAUAAGACGAAUUGACGAAAAAUUACUUUUCAAUUAUUCACAUUCGACAUCAUCUAUAUUCAAAAAAUUCCACGUAUUAAUUUAUUUUAUUUCUAUAUAUCACAUCUUAUUCAAUCUUCCAGAUGUAUGGAGUUAAUUAAGAUUCAAAUGAAUAAUGAAUAAAUGAUAUAUAUAUAUAUAUAUAUAUAUAUAGGGUUUAAAAAUGGAUUAUAUAAAAAACAAAAAUUGUUUUAUUAACUAUAUUUAAUAUAUGUUAAAAUUAAUUUUUUUAUACUGCCAAUUCUAGAUUCAAGUUUUGCAAUCAUUAAAUUCCAAAUUAGAUUACAAAAUCAUUGAUUAGAAUGAGAUAUCACAAAAAUAUAGGAUCUAAUGGGACUUUAUAUCUCAUUACAUUGCAUAUUUUAAAAAUGUCUAUAUAAAAUAUAUAAAAAUAUCUAUUUAAAAUAUAUAAAAAUUGCAUCGAAAUUUUAUUAAAACUUUUAAUCAUUAUAUUUAGGUAAAAAAGGCAAUAAAAUUAAUCAGAUAUCUCUUGAGCGUAUUUUUCCAAAAAAAUAAUAGAAGAGCAAAUAAUAAGAGUAAGACAGAGAUAAGAUAAAAAUUGUACAAUUAGUGCCAUCUAGGAUACAGUCAUCAAACAUAUAUAAAUAAGUAAAGUAAAUAAUGCAACAAAGAUAGAAAUAGGAUAAGAAUUAAAUUACAAUGCCAUCUCUUGAAUAUUAAAGAUAUUUUUCAUGAUAAGAUAAGAUAGAAUAAGAAUUAAGCGCCAUCUUUUGAAUAUUUUGAAAAUACAAAGAUAUUUCGAUGAAAAAAUAGACUCUUUUACACUCAAGAUGGUAUUGCCUAUUAAUUCUUAUUCUAUUUUUUUUUUCUAUUAUUUGUUCUCAUUUGUUCGAUCUACGACAUUCUAGACAACGUUGAUUGCACAAUGAAAUUUUUAACUUAUCUUUUUUUCUCACUUUUUCUUAUUAGAUUAAAGAUAAGGGAUAAAAUGUUAAUCGAAUAUUUUUCAUUUCUUUUUCAAAUUACAAUGUAUUUGUAUUAAUCUCUAAUAUAAACAAAUAUUGAAUUUUUAAUAUAAAAAAAUAUUAGAUAUUACAGAAAUAUGAGAAAAAAAUUGUAUUGAAUAUUAAAUCUAUUCUAAAUCUCAUUUGUAUAGUAUAUUAAUCUCAAAAAUUAAAAAUUAAAAUCAAAAAUUAAAAAACAAAGAAUUAAAAAAAUCUUUUAUGCAUAGAAAAUCUAGCAUACACAUAUAAAUAUUACAAAAUAUUUAUAGAAUUACAUUUUGUAAAUAUAACUUAUAUGUGUAAAGAACAAAGAUAUUAGCAUGUAUUUCACUCGUUAAUAAAUAAAGAAUUUCUUAGAAAUAA